UCGAUUUUCCAUUGUUAUCAUGCACAUUCACCUACCUGGUUUUCCUUUUAAUUUUCUGUAACUCAAUUCAAAGUGAAUUACUAUGUGCCGUGCAGACAUCAUCUACUUUUUUAGUUGAUCUAUCGAAAGUUUUCCAAUCUCUAAUUUUUCGUCUUUUGAUAAUUAAGUAUCAGAAUAGUCUUGGACCCUCCUAAUGUCUCAACCCACAGACCCAGUCAGAAGAUCUCAAACUACAGCUUUAUCGAAGCAAUUAUGUUUCUUACUCACCAACAAGAAAGAUGAUGAAAUUUUCAAAAAAUUCAUCCUCACUCUAGCUUUACAUUUGAAGACAGAGGAAAUCUCCACAUCGUGCUGCACUGCAAUUUUUGAAAAAAGUAAAAAACAACUGUCUCUCAUUCACAGUGAUGCUGAUAAUGCAAUAAAUGAAUUUGAAACUCUCUUCAGGAAACUUUCGAAGGUUGAUAGUUCUGAUAAGCAAGCUGUGCUUGCAUUUCUCCUAAAAUUGAGUGAAUUGAUCGAAGCUGAGCAAGAAGCUAGCCACUCGGACAGUAGUCUAGAUUUUCGAAACAAGGUGCACACGACCCAAAAACGACUGAUGAAGGACCUCCCACACAAUUGGCUGAGUCGGAACUCACCAGCCAUCAACUACCCUUCAACUGCUCCUUUAAGUUUUUCAAGCAGUAAUGUUCAGCCAAUUGCCUCAUCCACUGUCAUUGCUGGCAAGCAGAGCUCACAAGAACCCUGGAAGGUUUCUAACAUAAAAAACACAACAUCUUCUAGAAACAUUCUAUUGCCUGACAGGACAAAGAAAAAAACACCCAUCUCGCUGGACCUAAAUGCUGGGGUGCGCUCUGUCUGUUUGGUGAACAACCUACCUGUGAAUCACUCCGUUUCUUAUAAAACAGAUGUUCCGGAAGCAGUGAUCAUCAAAGAACUGAUAUUUUGCUUUCAAGGCAUUGAAGGGCAAGUCAUCAAACAUGAUCCAUCCUCUGAAGGAUAUAUCAUCGAUCCUAAGGCUAAAGUCACUAAUGUAGUAGCAGUUUUACGCUUGAUGGAGCUUGGCUACCUGCACAAUGUAAUUAAAAAAUUUGUGGAGUCCUCGCAAGGGAAAUCAUCUAUUCAGCGAGGUCUAGUGAUGUCACUCCGUGAAGAAUUGAUGGAAUUUUAUAAACUUGUCUCAAGGCUUCACUCAGAGGUCACUCAAGAUGAAGAAAUUCUGGUGGCAGACACUCCAAUGAGUGAGGAGAACUUGCGCGUGGCGCGUACACCGCAUUUGGAAAGUCUGACUCUACGUAGGCUCCUCCUUCGAACAGAUGCGGCAUUCUUAAGGCUCAUGAUCCUUGUUGACCUCAUUGAGGAGUUGAAAAAGUGUCAUGGUGGGAAAAUAAUCUCUGUCAUCCACAGAUUCUCACAUUAUGGAUACCCUGAGCUUACACCGGUUUUCUCCCGCCUUUUACAUACGACAACUCAUUCACUGCUUGUUUUGAUGAGCCAUUGGAUCGUCGAUGGUACCUUGUUCGAUCCGUUUGAUGAAUUUUUUGUAGCCCACAAUAAAUUAAGUCAGGGUGUUUCAUCUUGGGAUUCUCAAUUCAUCCUCAGGGAGGAAAUGAUACCAGACUUUAUAUCUAAAGAGGAGGCAGCUUACGUUUUGCAAGCCGGUCGUUGCAUAUAUUUCUUGAAUGAAAUCUGUAAUGAAAAGACGGAAGUGUCCAAAGCUCGGAGAUCCUUUCAACAACUUGAAAAUAGCGGUGGUGACCUUUUACCAAUGAUGGAGCCGUUCAACUCUAUCACAGAAUUGAUAGAAAGAGCUCAUGAAGAAUCCUCAAAGUUAGUCUUAGAUAUUUUGUGCCAGAAAUUCAACCUAUAUGAGCAUCUUCAUGGUUUGCGCAAAUACAUGCUGCUCGGCCAAGGAGACUUCAUUCGGUAUUUGAUGGAAAUGAUCGAGCACAAAUUGGAUGGAUCAGCGCACAUUUUGUAUCAACACAAUUUACAAAGUAUUUUAGAAACAGCUAUACGAUCAACCAAUGCUCAAUUUGACAACAUAGUCAUUCUGAACAGCCUCAUUGUCAAAAUAAUGACUCCAAAUGACGGAGAUUUUGGUUGGGAUGUUUUCCGUCUGGAGUACGAGUUGAAUGGUCCUCUGGCAACUAUUUUCAAGAAAAAUGAAGUGGAGUACAGCCAGUUAUUCAAUUUUCUUUGGAAUAUAAAGAGGCUUGAGUAUGUUUUAUCCAAAUUGUGGCGCAAUCAAAGCCUUAUCAAUAAAUCUUCCAUUUUGCUCACUGAAUUGAAGUCUGUUUUCGUUUUGAGCUGUUCUUUGAUCAGCGAGAUGGUCCAUUUCAUCCAUCAACUUCAAUACUACUUCCUGACGGAGGUGCUCGAGACUCAGUGGCACGAAUUCGAGCAAGUUGUCAACAAAGCAGGGUCGCUAGAAGAGGUUGUGGAAGCACAUGAUCUUUUCCUGCGCAAAAUCAAAAGUGGUCUGCUCCAAGAUAGGAAUUCAGGGAGUUUUAAUUUACACAUGUCACUAGUAAAAGAUCAGAUUUUAGAAGUGAAAACUGUCCAAUCUAGGUUCAUAGAACUGGUUUCUGAUGAGACUGAAAGGCGUUUAGAAAGACAAAGGAUUGUUGCGGAAGUAGGAACAAGCAUAGAAGAAGAAAUGCACAAUGACAAGUGUUUAUGCGAAUUCGUAGAUAAACUCAAGUCAAUCAAAGCACAAUUUUCUAUUAUUUCGAAAAGUUAUCAGGAAUUUCUGCGAAAAUUACUUCUUGAUCUGUCGAAACAUCCAUUGAUUGAAGUGCAAAUGCUCAGUAGUCGGAUCGAUUUCAAUGAGUUCUACAAGAAAAACGAUUCUCAACUAUCUGAAUCGAUAAAACUAAGCAGUCGAAAAGAACGUUUCCAAACUUUUGAUGAACUGUGAUUUGUGAGGUGUAUGCCUGGUUAUCCUCAUUGACUGUUACCAUCGUCGUUGUUUUAAUAUUUUCUUGUCUUACCAUUACUUUCAAUGUUCUUCGAGAUUAUAGAAAUCCAGAAUCCAGAGAAUUUGAAUAUUUUAUGCCUAUUUUUGAGAUAGGAGAAAACUAUUUGGUUUUAUUUAAUGUUGACAAAGCUAAGUGUCCUCCAGUGAAUCAUGAAAAGAUAAAAGUGUGAAAUCGAAAUACAAGCAAAAGCAGGCCUAUUUUGAAUAUAGUUGGUUAAAAUAAGUGUUCUAACCUCACCUUAAAAUUUUAGGAGCUUUUUGGCCAAAAAGCCAUUAUGUAUCAUCCCCGAAUUUCUAGGGGUCUUGAAGAUUCUUGAUCAUGAAUCAAGAAACUUUGCUCAGAGCAAGGUUGUAACAAAAAUCAAGGGUGCACUAAUUUUUCGGGUGCAUCAUGCCCAGUGAAGUUAGAUUAGAGGUUGAAAUACUCCAUGCCAUUAUUGUAUGUGUGCAGAAAUAGAUCCUAAACGCACCAUUUGUGCCCUAGGUACCGUUUUUUUAAGCAAAUUACUUUCGCUGCUGAGGUCAACCUGCCUGGCAGAACAUAGCAUUUGCUAGAAUGAAUUUAUUUUGGGCAAUGAUGUGCCAUAUUUGGCUGUAGGUCUCUGUACUAACUUAUUCUUCCAGAAAUGCAUCAUCAUUUUUGUAGGGAAAUGUAGUCUUCCUAAUUUUAAAUAUGGAUAAAUGAACAAUUGAUUCCUCCACAAGUACAAUAUUUCCCUAGCGGACAUUAAAGUUAAUAUGUACUGGAAAUGAAUUAAGUCAUAUUUUGAAACUGUCAAGCACUCCAGAGCAAGGUAGGACGAUUGGUGAUACGCUUCUGAUACUGAGUUCCAUCCAAAAAAGUGUUCAGGUGAAAAUGUAUAACAUUAAAACUGAGAGAUCGGUAAAUUUUUUAACUAUAGGGUCAGUUAACGUUUUUACUCAAAAUUUUUGAUAAUCACCAUGAAUUAAAUCAACUAACUUUGGAAAACACUUGCAACCCCCGAUUUCUCCACAACCUGCCAUGUUAAAAUUGCUGUAUGAAAAGUUGAUCCCAGCUGGAUCCCAACGCUCUGCUGACAGAAGGAUAGAAAACGACGGUUUGAAGAUUGCCUUCAGCAGCGCUCCAGUGCAUAGCGACUGUAAUGUACGCUAUGAAUAUUUCUAAAAAAUGGGAAAAGACAAAAAAUAAACCCAAGGGUCUAUGCUAGCAGGAAAAAUCUUCAUUUUCAGUUCCACCAUAAUUUUUAAAAAUAACAGUCAAAAGAGUUAAAAAAUUACAAUGACCAAUUGACCAAACAUUCGUAUUUUUAGUUUACAUAUAAAAAAAAAACUUGUUUUCAAAAUAUUUACUGCAAAUGAAGCCUUCAUUUUUAAUUGAAAAAUUGGAAUUUUCGAGAUUUUCACAGGGCAACGUUGGUGCAUGGAUAAGCAAGCAUCAAUUUAAGCCUUGAAAUUUUCAAGAAAGGAAUAUUCUCAUAUUAUGAAUAUCACCUAAAAAUUGGUCUAUAUUCAAGGGAGGGAGGAAUAGAAAAUGUCGAUUUAGAAACAAGCUCUUUAUAAUACUCAUAAUUUAUGUUAAAAAUUAUUUUCAUAAUAUAUUCAAGUGAACCUGAUUAGUGCCAUCCCUCAGAAUGUAUUCCAGAAAACCAUGUCCAUAUAAUCAUGUGAUCUUCAAUAGUUAUUAUUUUUUUUUUUUUCAUUCAUUGUCAUGUUAUGUAGUUCCAGUGCAGAGAAUUCGAUCUGACCAUUUUCCCAAUUCUCUGUUGAGUUUAAUGAUCCUCAUAUUUUAGCUUAGAUGUAACUUUAAACUGAUUUGUCCUGUUCUAAGGAUUUGUUACUUGUUCUUCCAAAUGCAUAUUCCUGUCAAAUCUACAUUAUUUAAAUUUCAAAAUAAAUUAAUCCCAUUCUAGGUUGUA